AUUGUAAAGUGCAGUUCAUAAAACAGCCAUAAAAAAGUGCUUAGUUUAGUGAGAUUAUUAAAAACUAUUGAGAAAGCAGCAUACACUAAACAUGAACUCAAAAGUUUUCGUGAUUGUUUUAGUCACUCUAAGUAUUUCCAGUAGUGUCUUGUCUGCAUCUCUUGCUAAAACUCCUAGUGAUGUUGAUCAGGUUGGAAAGGAGUUCAAUGUGCUGCAGAAAGUUUAUGAUGACUGUCAAGAUAAAGAAGAUUUUGGUGGAUGUCUAAAGACAAAAGCAUCGACUGCGAUAGAACGAGCUGUAGAUCAAGAUAUAAUUUCUCUACUUGAUGGCAUAAGUUUGGUGAAAACCAAAAGUUCAAAAUCCGAUGAAGCUCAAAUAUUUCUUGCCGAUGCCCGAGGCUUAAGCAGCCUCAGCAAAAUUGAUCAAACUCUAAUCAGAAACAUCGAGAAAUUUUUGAAUACUCAUACGAUUAAAGUAGAUUUUUCAGAAGCUCGUGGCAAGGAAAAGAAACAUUAUCGUUAUGUCAUUGCUGCUGUAUUAACAGCAAUGGGAAUAGCUGGACCUCUUGGUUUGAAAGCUUUAGCAUUCAUAGCAGGAAAAGCUUUAGUUAUCAGCAAAGUCGCGCUCACAAUUGCCGGUAUCAUCGCACUGAAGAAGAUUUUCUCGAGUGAUCAUCAUGAAGAGACAAGCUUCCAAGUCCAUGCUGGAAGUGACCACAACAGACGAAAUGCUUAUCUAAAGAAAAUUGUAGCUGCAGGACAAGCUGCUGAUCCUUUCCGUUAUUAUUACGAACAACCACUCCAAAAUCAGAUGUAAAAGUUUUCAAAAAUUUCUAAAGAGAAGAAUGCGAAAAAUCUUCGACCCCAAAACUUAAAGUCUGGAAACACACAAAAAAAAGGAAAAGUGUAAAAUUGUAAAAUGGUUAUUUAUUAAAUAAAAAAAAGUUUAUUUAUUGA